CCAAAUUGACCGUCACAUUUGUUGAUUGUGUUUUCCUGUAAAGCAGAUUUCUGUUGCCUCACUAAGCGCUAAACUCAUAACGUUUCGUUCCCAAGAUUAACCUAUCCCUAAGAGACGAUGGAUGUUGCUGACGCUAAUAUCGGUCAAUUGCGUGUCAAAGAUGAUGUGGGAGUCCGUUGCCAGAAACUGUUUCAAGACUUUUUGGAAGAGUUCAAAGAGGAUGGUGAAAUGAAGUACUACGAAAAAGUGCAGGACCUGGAUCAGCCUGAUCGAUCAACACUGGAGGUGAAAUUCUACGAUGUCGAGAAGUACAACCAAAAUCUCGCAACGACAAUAAUCGAGGAGUAUUACAGAAUUUUUCCGUAUUUGUGUCAAGCGGUUUCGAAUUUCGUGAAGGACCGCACUGAACUGAAGAAGGAGAAGGCUUGCUACGUUUCCUUCACCGAUGUGCCGACCAGACACAAGGUUCGCGAUUUGACAACGGCCAAAAUUGGUGCCCUAAUUCGUAUAUCGGGACAAGUGGUCCGGACGCAUCCCGUUCAUCCCGAGCUGGUUUUCGGAACAUUUAUUUGCCUUGAUUGCCAAACGGAGGUCAAAGACGUUGAACAGCAAUUCAAGUACACCAAUCCGACGAUCUGCCGAAAUCCGGUAUGCUCAAAUCGACGCAAAUUCAUGCUGGACACGGACAAGUCGUUGUUCGUCGACUUCCAGAAAGUGCGCAUACAAGAAACACAGGCCGAAUUGCCCAGAGGCUGUAUACCACGGUCGGUCGAAGUGAUUCUGCGAGCCGAGACUGUUGAAUCGGUACAAGCCGGCGACCGUUACGAUUUCACCGGUACGUUGAUUGUAGUACCAGACGUUGGAUCGCUCCAAUUUCCAGGCGCUAAGGCUGACAUCGGAUCAAGACAUAAGCAAGGUGAAGCAGCUGCCGCUGAAGGUGUUCGAGGCUUAAAGGCGCUAGGCGUUCGUGACUUGAACUAUCGAAUGUCGUUUUUGGCCUGUAGUGUACAGGCGACGACAUCACGUUUCGGCGGUACUGAUCUACCAAUGAGUGAGGUCACUGCUGAAGAUAUGAAAAAUCAAAUGACUGACGUCGAAUGGAACAAAGUGUACGAGAUGUCGAAGGACCGGAGUUUGUAUCAAAAUUUGAUCAACAGUCUGUUCCCGUCGGUCUACGGAAACGACGAGGUGAAACGGGGUGUGUUGUUGCAGUUGUUUGGCGGAGUCGCCAAAACGACAAUGGAAAAAACAUCGCUACGAGGAGACAUAAACGUGUGCAUUGUGGGUGAUCCAAGUACAGCUAAAUCACAGCUGCUGAAACAGGUGGCUGAUUUUUCACCCCGUGCCGUUUAUACAUCGGGAAAAGCCUCUUCGGCUGCCGGUUUGACUGCAGCCGUUGUGCGAGACGAAGAAAGUUUUGAUUUUGUCAUUGAAGCGGGAGCGUUGAUGCUUGCUGACAAUGGAAUCUGUUGCAUCGAUGAAUUCGACAAAAUGGACCCGAGAGAUCAGGUUGCCAUUCACGAAGCGAUGGAACAGCAGACCAUAUCUUUGGCGAAGGCUGGUGUGCGGGCCACACUCAAUGCACGAACAUCGAUUUUGGCUGCUGCAAAUCCUAUCGGUGGCCGGUACGACCGUUCGAAAUCAUUGCAGCAAAAUAUUCAGCUCAGCGCACCGAUUAUGUCCCGGUUCGAUUUGUUCUUCAUUUUGGUGGACGAAUGCAACGAAGUGGUCGACUAUGCCAUAGCUCGGAAAAUUGUCGAUUUACAUUCGAAUAUUGAGGAUGCCGUUGAGCAGGUGUACACAAGGGAAGAAGUGCUGCGGUACAUAACAUUUGCACGCCAAUUCAAACCUAUCAUCAACGAAGAAUCUGGCGAAUUGUUGGUGUCCAACUACGGCCAUUUGAGACAACGUGAAUCUGGUACGGGCAAAGGUACAUGGCGUAUAACCGUUCGACAACUGGAAAGUAUGGUCAGAUUGAGUGAAGCCAUUGCGAAAAUGGAAUGCUCCAACGAAGUUCAGCCGAAGCACGUGAAGGAAGCAUAUCGUUUGCUGAAUAAAUCGAUAAUCAGAGUCGAACAACCGGAUAUCCAUUUGGACGAUGAAGAUGAACUAAACGCCGAGUAUAUGGACGUGGACGAGAAUGUACAGGAGAAUGCACAAAACGAUCGCGUAAACGGAGAACCGACCGAGAAUGGAUCAGCGCAACAGACACCGGCACUGGCCAAAAAGAAAUUGACCCUUUCGUUUGAGGACUACAAAAACAUAUCGAACAUGCUGGUGCUGCACAUGCGCAACGAAGAAUCGCGUAUGGACGACGAGGCAAUGGAACGGGACGGUAUUCGAAAGUCGACACUGGUCGGGUGGUAUCUGGAACAGAUUGCCGACCAAAUCGAUUCGGAAGACGAGCUGAUUGAAAGGAAAACGUUGAUCGAGAAAGUGAUUGACCGGUUACGGCAACACGAUUCCGUUUUACUGGAUUUGCGGUCGGCUAGCGGAUUACAACGGUCAUCCAACGAAUUGGCCAUCGAUGACGAUCCAUUCCUCGUUGUGCAUCCGAAUUAUAUCAUCGAGUAGAGCCGUGCGGACGUUUCGUUUUUUUGUUAAAGUAGACUUUUAACUGUUUUUAUAUGCAUGGUUCAGCUCACAAUGCAACUCGAGUGGAGUUUGUGACUCAGUUUUACCGACGUUCUUGUUCGUUAAGUUAAUAAAUUAAAAAUUGGAAAAU